AUGGUCAGCUUUCUCAUGUUUUGCCUUACAUCUCAUUCCACUUCGAGCUGGCUAUGCAUGCGAAAGGAAGCAGGCAGGGUUCAUGGAGCCAAUGGCCAGACUGCUGACUCGGCAGACUCGGUCUCACAAUGCCUUGGAUGUGGUCCAGGCUGGAUGCAAGACAUCCAAUGGCUUCGUGUCCAGACUCCCGAGCCCAGACUGGGUGGACAGAUGCCAGACCGAACUUUCAAGUGUCUGUCGAAGAACCGAAGACAGGCCAACGCUACUCUAGUCGCUAGCUGCUUGCUCCCGUUCCAGCUGGCAGCUGGCAGCAGCAGCAUCAUCACCAUAAUGGCCUGGGCAUGGCAUGGCAUGGCAUGGGCAUGGCAUGACAUGGCAGUUCACGGCCCGCCUCUAAGCGGAGCUUUGGGCUUAUUCACAAUACUUACUGUACACACCACAUCACCUCCACAACGCCUGCGCAGUGGGAUUACGCAGGCGGCAGGGCAGAGGCAACAUGUUUGA